AUGACAGUCCUGGCCACAGUCCUGAUCACACUGACAGUCCUAACCACACUGACAGUCCUGACCACAAUGACAGUCCUGACCACAAUGACAGUCCUGGCCACAGUCCUGAUCACAAUGACAGUCCUGACCACAAUGAUAGUCCUGACCACAAUGACAGUCCUGACCACAGUCCUGAUCACAAUGACAGUCCUGAUCACACUGACAGUCCUGACCCUACUGACAGUCUGGACCACAGUCCUGACAGUCUGGACCACAGUCCUGACCCUACUGACAGUCCUGACACUACUGACAGUCCUGACCACAGUCCUGAUCACACUGACAGUCCUGAUCACACUGACAGUCCUGACCACAGUCCUGACCCUACUGACAGUCCUGACCACACUGACAGUCCUGACCACAGUCCUGACCACACUGACAGUCCUGACCACACUGAUAGUCCUGACCACAGUGACAGUCCUGACCACAAUCCUGACCCUACUGAGAGUCCUGACCACACUGACAGUCCUGACCCUACUGACAGUCCUGACACUACUGACAGCCCUGACCACAGUCCUGAUCACACUGACAGUCCUGACCACAGUCCUGACCACACUGACAGUCCUGACCACACUGACAGUCCUGACCACAGUCCUGAUCACACUGACAGUCCUGACCACAGUCCUGAUCACACUGACAGUCCUGACCACAGUCCUGAUCACACUGACAGUCCUGACCACACUGACAGUCCUGACCACAGUCCUGAUCACACUGACAGUCCUGACCACAGUCCUGAUCACACUGACAGUCCUGACCACAGUCCUGAUCACACUGACAGUCCUGACCCCACUGACAGUCCUGACCACAGUCCUGACCCCACUGACAGUCCUGACCACACUGACAGUCCUGACCCCACUGACAGUCCUGACCACAGUCCUGAUCACACUGACAGUCCUGACCCCACUGACAGUCCUGACCACAGUUACCCCACUGACAGUCCUGACCACACUGACAGUCCUGACACUACUGACAGUCCUGACCACUGACAGUCCUGACUGUGACAGUCCUGACUAUAGUCCUGAUGGUACAGUGACCUGA